AUGAAAGAGGUUUUGGCCAUGUUGGAAGCAUCACCAUCCUACUCCCCCCGUUUUCCUACAAGAUGGGAGGAGUUGAAAGGGAAUGAAGAUAAGUCCUCAGAGAAAAAGACACCACCGAUUGAAAUCAAGCAGUUUCCUCUUCAUUUGAAAUAUGUAUUCCUAGGUGAAGAAGAUAAGAAUCCAUCCAUAAUUAGUGCAAGCUUGAGUGAAUUGCAAGAAGAAAAGUUGUUGAGAGUUCUGCGGAAGCAUAAGGGUGCCAUCGGUUGGUCCAUUGAGGACUUGAAGGGAAUAAGUCCGACUUUUUGUAAGCAUAAAAUCCUAAUGGAGGACAAUCACAAACCAGUGGUACAACCCCAAAGGAGAUUGAAUCUGGCAAUGAAAGAAGUGAUUAGGAAAAAAGUGGUAAAGCUCCUAGAAGCCGGUCUCAUUUACCCCAUUUCAAACAGCCCUUGGAUGCUUGAGCGGCUAGCCGAACAUGAGUAUUAUUGCUUCCUAGAUGGCUAUUCGGGAUACAAUCAGAUAGUUGUGGCACCUGAGGAUCAAGAGAAAAAUGCAUUCACAUGUCCGUAUGGGGUGUUUGCAUAUCGGCGAAUGCCAUUUGGGCUGUGCAAUGCACCUGCCACAUUUCAAAGGCGCAUGAUGUCCAUAUUCUCCGAUAUGAUUGAAAAACAUAUUGAAGUAUUUAUGGACGACUUUUCUAUCUUUGGUUCAUCUUUUGAUAAUUGUUUGAGAUCAAAAGUUAUUGUUUACACUGAUGAUGCUGCCUUGAGGUAUUUGUUUACUAAGUAG